GGGCGGCAGCGGGGCCCGCGUUUCAGCAGCUGGGGUCGGGGAGGCGCAGCGCUCGUACUUCUUGGGAGCCGCAGGAGUUUUUCUCCUUGUUCUCAAGGACGUUCCAGCAGCUGCAUAUCUUUUAUUCCUGUGAAUCUCUGCGAAGACAAGUUAUGUCAACAGCUACUUUAAUUAAUUUGGUACGAAACGGAGGGUAUCAAGUCAGAAGGAGAGCUGUGCUGACGUCCCGCCUCCUGCAAGACGAGAAGCGUCCCACGGCUGCCUGCUACAGCUCCACCUCUGAGCGCAGAGCUUCCCGCUUUGACCCAGAUGGCAGCGGGCGGCCAACCACAUGGGACACCUUUGGCAUCUGGGACAAUCGCAUUGACGAGCCCAUUCUCCUUCCACCCAGCAUCAAGUAUGGGAAGCCAAUUCCAAAAGUCAGCCUGGCCAACGUGGGCUGCGCGAGCCAUAUCGGGAAGCGCAAGGAGAAUGAGGACCGGUUUGAUUAUGCUCAGCUGACAGAGGAUGUCCUGUACUUUGCAGUGUAUGAUGGACAUGGUGGGGCAGCAGCAGCAGACUUCUGUGCUAAGAACAUGGAAAAAUCUAUUAAAGAAUUUCUUGCUGAGGAGGAGAACUUGGAAAAUGUUUUGAACAAAGCUUUUCUAGAAAUAAACAAAGAAUAUGAAAAUCAUGCUCAUCUGUCUGCUGAUGCAACUCUGAUGAACUCUGGGACCACUGCAACAGUGGCUCUGCUCCGAGAUGGUAUUGAACUGGUUGUGGCAAGCGUGGGAGACAGUCGUGCUCUGCUGUGUCGAAAGGGAAAGGCCAUGAAACUCACCAUUGACCAUACUCCGGAAAGGAAGGAGGAGAAGGAAAGGAUUAGGAAGAGCGGUGGCUUCGUUACCUGGAACAGUUUGGGACAACCUCAUGUGAAUGGUAGACUUGCAAUGACACGGAGCAUAGGAGAUUUGGAUCUUAAAAACAGUGGUGUGAUAGCCCAGCCAGAAACAAAAAGGGUUCAGCUGCACCAUGCACAUGACAGCUUCCUGGUCCUUACUACAGACGGUAUUAACUUCAUGGUGAACAGCCAAGAGAUCUGUGACUUCAUUAACCAGUGCCAUGAUCCUGCUGAAGCUGCCCACAUUGUUACUGAGCAGGCGAUGCAAUUUGGCACUGAAGACAACAGCACAGUUGUCAUAGUGCCAUUUGGAGCAUGGGGAAAGUACAAAAACGGUGAGAUCAACUUCUCCUUCAGCCGCAGUUUUGCUUCCAGCGGGAGAUGGGCAUGAAGACUUGCCACAGCUGUCUUUUCCUGCCAUAAUCUGGACACAGUGUGCUAGAGGAGAACAUAUCCAUCUGUUCAUAGAUUGACUGUCUUAUCCAUCUCUUCUGUUCCCAGUGUUAUAGAAGAUGCCACUGCUCACUUGGUGCAUAGUGCUCCAUUGUUGCUUAUGGCUGAUGGCAUUGUACUGUGUUUAUUCCAGUCAGCAUGGAGGCAGCUAUUUCUUUGGGUUUGUAGUCCCAGCAGCUCUGCACCUCACUUUGCUCACAUAGACAAGGCUCUGGGCUUUCACCUAAGGCUGCAGGUGUUGCACAAUUGUUUCAUACCUACUUGUAUUACCCAGGGCCCUUAGUUACCUGGCAGCUGUGUAAGUCUGAGUCUCUGAGCCACAUGCUGCUUCUUUGUACGUUAAUACAUGGGGGAACAAGCGCACGGUGUACAUAGGUAGACAAAAAGCGGGUUUGUUGUCUUCCUCUGCUGUGCAAACAUCCGAAAUUCCCCUGUGCUUCAGGAGAAGCGGAUGAAAAAUAAGGGAGAAGUUUCAGAAGUGUUUAGGUUCUGAUGCCAGUGGCAUUUGAUGUAGCUGAACAACCUUGUGAGACAGUGCUGCUCUGCAGGGCUCAGUGCCAACAUCCAUGAUCCUCUGGCUCCAAGGAGGUGGAGCAGGCUGGAGCCAUGUGCCAUUGGACAGAUGGGAACGUUUCUGCAUUGGGUCCAAAGCCUGUACUCUGUGGACCAGGCAGCAGCCCCUUGCACUGUCUUCUCUUUGGUGUGACAGGAGCACAGAGGAGGAAAAAAAGCUGCACUUUCCUGAUAUCCAGAGACUCUAAUCAACUUGAAUUUCCUUUUUUCUUUGUAUCUUUAAAAGAGAACCAGCUAAUUCAAAGAGUGUACUAAUCAAGAUUCUUUGCAUAUGUGAGAUGGGAAAGCUUAUUAUUUCAUAAAUAUAUGAGGAAU